GAUAGGGCCGGAGAGCCGGGGCCGAGGGGCCGCCAUGGAGGCCGAGCCGGGCCCGGCGCAGCUGUGGCUCAAGCAGCGCCGCUGCCUCCUCAGCCUCGACCGCCCGCGGGGGCUGCUGGUCUGGGGGCCCGCCUCGGCCCCGACCCCGGGACCCGUCUUGACAGAUACCUGUUCAGUUCCUGUUUCUGAGAUUAUCACUGUAGAAGAAACAGAAAUUGACGAGAAGCACUAUCAUAGUGGAAAAUGGCAAAAAAUGGCAAAACCGUACGCUUUUACAGUGUACUAUGUAAAGAGAGCCCGGCGUCACCGCUGGCGGUGCAGUCAUGUGACCUUUUGGUGCACGGAGGAGGGGCUCUGUAACCAGUGGAUACAAACUCUCAAAGAGCUGCUGGAGAAGCUGACAUGUAGACCAAAGCACUUACUUGUGUACAUUAAUCCCUUUGGAGGAAAAAGACAAGGCAAGCGAAUCUACGAACAGAAAGUCGUGCCACUGUUUAAUCUAGCUUCUAUCACUGCUGACGUCAUCGUUACUGAACAUGCUAACCAUGCCAAGGACAGUUUAUUUGAAAUUAAUAUUGAGAAAUAUGAUGGAGUUGUCUGUGUCGGUGGAGACGGCAUGUUCAGCGAAGUGUUACAUGGGCUCAUUGGGAGGACACAGAGGGAUUGUGGUGUAGACCAGAAUAAUCCCAAAGCAUCCUUAGUCCAGUGCAAUCUCAGAAUUGGGAUAAUCCCCGCAGGUUCAACAGAUUGCGUGUGCUACGCCACGGUUGGUGUCAACGACCCGGUCACAUCGGCGUUACACAUAAUAAUUGGUGACUCCCUGGCCAUGGACGUGUCCUCGGUGCAUCACAACAACACCUUUCUCAAGUACUCCGUGUCCUUGUUGGGCUACGGGUUCUAUGGGGACAUCCUGAGGGACAGUGAGAAGAAGCGCUGGAUGGGCCUGAUCCGCUACGAUCUCUCAGGUUUUAAGACUUUCCUUUCUCAUCACUGCUAUGAAGGAACGGUGGCCUUCCUCCCAGCACAGCACACUGUGGGCUCUCCAAGGGACAAGAAGCCCUGCCGAACGGGCUGCUUCAGACCUGUUGGUGUUUUUAGGACAGCCAGCCAACCUUUAGACCAGAAAAUCAUGACCCUUUGACCUCUUCUUGUCAUUGCAGAGGAAGUAGAAGAGUGGAAAGUUAUCCAGGGGAAGUUUCUGGCAAUCAACGCGGCCAACAUGAGCUGUGCCUGUCCCCGGAGCCCCAAGGGCCUGUCCCCAGCAGCCCACUUGGCGGAUGGUUCCUCAGACCUCAUCCUGGUCCGCAAAUGUUCCCGGCUGAACUUUCUGAGGUAUCUCAUCAGGCAUACAAAUCAAGAUGACCAGUUUGACUUUGCAUUUGUUGAGGUUUACCGGGUGAGGAAAUUUCAGUUCACCUCAAAGCAUGUAGACGAUGAGGAUGGGGACCUCAAGGAUUUAGGGAAGAAGCGAUUUGGGCAGAUCUGUAGCGAUCAUCCCGCCUGCUGCUGCAGCCUUCCCAACAGUACCUGGAACUGUGACGGAGAGAUUCUGAACAAUUCUGCUAUUGAAGUCAGGGUUCACUGCCAGCUACUGCAGCUCUUUGCCCGAGGGAUCGAGGAGACCCCCACACAGGAAGCCCUCAGCUGAGAGAACGUGAUGGCAGAAGCCUUGCGGUGCAGCCAGCGCUUGUAAAUCUUCAGACAUAUUUAUUAGAGAGAAUGUCACAGACCAGUUCUGUGGGUGCAUACACACAUUUAAAAUUCGGAGUUUAUUUUUGAUAGUUAAAUGUUGAUUUUAGAAAACUGCCUUUUUCCAGCUGUGUCUGUCCAUCCUAAGCAUUUACAUGUGAAUCAUCAGGGGCCUAGGAGGAGGCAGGCUGGCGAAGGUCAUUCCACUUUCUGAGUGGCCUGAGUUGCCCAGGACAGGAAUCCUGUCUGUCAGUCACACACCACGGCAAGGCCGAGGGCCUCCAACAGCAUCUGCAAAGGGCCCCUGAGCCUCGUCUUUGCGUGAUCGGAGAGGAUGCGAGGGGCUGAAGUCGGAGCCUCUCGUGGUCCUCUCUCCUCAGUCCAGGAGAGAGUGUUCUGGGCUUCCAGGGAGCCUCGGCCUUCGACAGUCGCUCAUGGUUCACCUUUAAGGUCUCUGCUGUGUUGCUGAACAUAGUGUUUUCCUGAGCACCAUUUCAGCCAGUGGCGAGUCCUAAAGGUGUUGGUGCAGAUAGGUUGUGAUGGCUGUGCUAUAAGGUAGGGGAGCAGGCACCAGCAGGCUGCAUUAAAAAAAACAAACAAAAAAACCCAGCGUUUUGGAUUCCAGACAUUGACGCUUGCUGUUGAUGCAGGCCGAGCGGUUAAAAUAGCAUUCAUUGUGCCGCCCGAGCAGCGGGAGAAGCUGGCGUUCAGUUAAUCAGAAGUUCACUAUGUGAAUUGUUUGUUGUUAAUGAUAUUAACUGCAAAACCCGAGUGCUCCCCACAGAUGUGCAAUUAUUCUCUUCCAGUGUGUGUCCAUUUGUGUUACCUUGCAGUCUGUGCUGACAGGCCUGACGGGACGGGGCCUUCUCUGCCUCGCGUAUUCCCAUCUAUUUAUCGGAAGUUGUGUCCUUUUUGGCUCUCGAACGGUGUGUCGUGGGGGGUUUCAGUGUUUGUGUUUUGUCUACAAACCAGGAUUAAUUGUUCAUUUACCACUGAAGCACUCGAAAGUACAAUUAUCAGAGGAAACAGAUUUUUCAAUGAAGGCAUUCCUAUUCAAGUAGCAGCGUAAUUAGGAAAUUGUGUCCUAGAUCAUUGUUUUCUUAUUAUUCAUAGCUACGAAGAUGAUAAAAUGUAUUCUGAGUAGUCUCUCUUCAAAAUACAAGACGAUGAGCUUAGAGUCGCUUAAGUGUAUUCUCGUAGUGAAAUACUUGAGACUGCUUUUACCAAACUAGGCUAUUUUAUAUACAGUUGUAGAAUCCGGAAUGGAUGGGUUUUUACCAGUUCACUUAGGUAUUUAGACAUAUUUAACACACAUCUCAUAAUAUAUUUUUAGAAUUUACUUGGAGCUAUUUAGUGUUCUGAAGUAGAAAUCAGCUUUUACCUCUUGCAUCAUUUGGUCCAACCCUGGGAAGGAGAGGGAAACUCGUUAAGUUGAUUUCAUGAAAACUUGAAGGUUUUCAGGGUCCGAGAACUAGUCGAGUGGCCCUCAGGCUGGAAUUUAAUGUCUGGCUCCACAUAGCCAUGGUUUCCAGGAGUUCCUAAAUACUUUGAAUCUGCCAGGGACCAUGUCUCUUCUUUUGGCAUUCCCUCCCUUCUGCCCGGGUCCCAGUGUGCCUGGCAGGGGCACCACGUGGCUCUGCAGGAGGCCCUGCUGACCAAAAGGCAUCAUCCUCAGGGCCUCUCAGUCCAGACACCAUCGAUUAUCUCAUUCAUCCUCUCUCUCUAAGAUGGUGACGGCCCCCACAGGGUGGUCAUGGCUGGUGUGCCCGCGAUCGCUGUCUGCCUUUUGGCUGCCAAGCCAAACUCGACACUUGAACGUGUCUUUUUUGUGAAAAUGAUCUUUCCUUCUGACUCCGACGGAGUCUCCCAAGGGGGCGUUGGCCCUGCUCAGACCCCCAGGCCCGCCACUGGCCUAGCUUGCCAGUUCUGGGCUAAUGAUCUGAAUUGUUCAUAGGAAUCCUCGGGCCUGGAGAAAGGCCCUUCCACAUUCCCCACUUGGCUAGCUCAGAAAGGGCCGCCAGCCUGGCGUUAGUCCGGACGGACUCUCCCUUAGAUGAGGAGGAGACCGGACAUUCCCCGACUUUCCCCUCCGUCCUCCUCAAGGGCCGGUCUGUACGCCGUCUUGUGGGACCACUUGGCCCUUGGGAGGAGCACCCCAUGCCCGCUCCCUGCCUGCUCACGCGCAGCCCCUCCCCCCUGCGCAUGUUGGGCCGUCUGGGCCAGGGGCCCCAGGGGCUCACGGAUGGGCCCUGACCUCUCUGCCGGCCUGGAGCCAAGCGCUGUGCUCUGCCCACAGGGCGGCCUUCUGCAGCCCGGGCUGCAACGGAGCAGUGCGGCGGUGGCUGUUCCCCCGUGCUGCGCUCUUGCUUAUUUUCACUAAGAAAAGGGCUUUGCAGGUUGUGCCCGCUUUUCUCUGAAAACAAUUAUGAAUUUAUUCCUUAAGUACAAUCAUAGAAAGAAAGAAAUUACUGAUGGAAAAACUUAAGUUUCAUUUUCUAUCUAAUCUUGCUGGUUUCAAGAUUAGAAGAGGGUAUACUUAAUGUUCUGCUAUGUUGAGAGGACUUUAAAAAAUAAAAUUAUGUUGGACAAAAC